UCUUUCGUCCCGAGGCCUGUCUCUUCUCUCUGUGUCCGGUCAUUCCUCCUCCUGCAAUACUACAAGUAAAUAAUGGCUCUCAAGGCCGCCCAGAUCGCCGGCAUAGGCAUUCCCAAUGUCGGAGGGCAGGUCCCUGAGAAUGCUUCUCUCUGUUCCACCCGCUUCCCUCAAGGGGUGGAAAUGCGGAGAGGCGGCGGUUUGAGGCCACCGAAAUUUGUGGUGAUCGGACACAGAGGGAACGGAAUGAAUGUAUUGCAGUCGACGGAUCGGAGAAUGAAUGCCUUCAAGGAGAACUCCAUCCUCUCUUUCAAUGCCGCGGCUGAUUACUUGGCUGAUUUCAUCGAGUUUGAUGUCCAGGUCACCAAGGAUGACUGCCCUGUCAUUUUUCACGAUGAUUUCAUCCUUUCCCAAGAGAACGAUAUGAUAUCGGAGAAGAGAAUCACGGAGUUGAGCUUGGCUGAAUUCCUGAGCUACGGUCCGCAAAAAGGGAGCGGGAGCGGUGGUAAACCUCUGGUGCGAAAAACAAAUGACGGCAAGGUUGUUGGGUGGAGUGUGGAAAGCGACGACGCCUUAUGCACCCUACAAGAGGCCUUGGAGAAAGUAAGCCCCAGCCUGGGAUUCAACAUCGAGUUGAAAUUCGACGACUACCUGGAUUACGAGGAAGAGCAGCUCCUCCGGCCCCUCCGGAGGAUAUUGCAAGUGGUGUUUGAUCACGGCAAGGACAGGCCGAUCCUAUUCUCCACGUUCCAACCGGACGCCGCCCUGCUGGUGAAGAAACUGCAGAGCGCGUAUCCGGUUUUCUUCCUCACCAAUGGCGGCACCGAGGUUUACUCCGACGUGCGGAGGAAUUCGUUGGAGGAAGCUAUGAAGUUGUGCGUGGAAGGCGGGCUAGAAGGGGUUGUGUCGGAGGUGAAGGGCGUGUUUAUGAACCCAGGCGCCGUCAACAAGAUCAAAGAAUCCAAUCUCUCCCUCCUCACAUACGGCAAAUUAAACAACGUGGCCGAGGCAGUUUACAUCCAACAUUUGAUGGGUGUGGAUGGGGUGAUUGUGGAUUUUGUCCAAGAAAUUACCCAGGCCGUGUCCCACAUGUUGAACCCACCUUCCUCCUCCGACUCCGAGGAAGAAGAAGAGCCGCAAAACCCCCAAUUCUCGCCCAAGGACUUGUCCUUUUUGCUCAAGCUAAUACCACAACUCCUCAUACAACAACAUUAAUCAUUUCCUUCCUUAAUUAACAAUACAAUCCAACAAGUUUAAUGUUUUUUGUUCUACCAUCAUUAACCACAGAGUAACUUUAACCGAUUGCGUGACUCUCCCCCCAAAUCCACCCAUCUGCAUUGCAUUGCACACCUUCAUCAAUCUUGUAAUCUACAUUCUUGUUGUUGUUCUUGUUGUACUGUACUCUUGGGUAAUUUGUAAGUAGUAUAUAGAAAUAAAUACUUCUUUUGUCAUCAAAUUUUAUUUAA